AUGGCUUCACAUGCAAUCAGUUCCUGGGAACGCAUAGGUUUGAAAGAGACGGAUCGAGGAGAAUAUCUCAAUGCUGUGCAGAGAAGGUACAAAAGGUACGAGGUAGAAGAGUUCGAACACCAGGGGUACUGCAGCUUCACAUUACUCUUAUCUCAUCAAAGUGAAGGUUGUGCAGAUGACAACGGAGUUCGGAGCAGCAACCAUGUUCGCGCCUCUAAUGUGGCCGAGCAGCUUCUUGUUCAGCUUCGCCCGGCGCAACACGCUCUUGAUCUCCAAGUAGCUCGGGAGGCAAGCAGAAUAUACUCAUAUCUUGCUCCUAAGGUUCGAGCGCUGGAUUUUGGCCUGUCAGGAGGUCUUCGCGCAUACGAGAUGAACAGGAUUGAAGGCAUACCGAUGUCGUGCCUUCAACCUCGUGAGGAUUCAACUACGGUUGAUACACAAAAGAAGCAAGAGACACUCAUCGCAAGCUUCGCUAGUGUAGUCGCGCGAGGCUGGCCAGGUGUUGUUGGCAAGAAGCGAAGAGACAGCGUCCUACGAGCCGAUUCACUUCCCAACGAGGAGCAGACGAUGCUGGCCCAAUGCACAGGCAAGGUUGGAUCGUGUGUAAUUCGCAAACUUGGAAGACUCGCCCAAGAUCUCCCGGAUAUCUGGCUCAGAGGAAGAGCCCAAUCAACAAUAGAUAGACUUUGCAUGGUGGAUGAACACCCUGUUGUACUGAACCACGGAGACCUCAUACCAUCCAAUAUCCUUGUCGACAAGGAGACAUGGGAAAUCACAGGGCUUGUCGACUGGGCAGAAGCUGAGUUUCUGCCCUUCGGGACAUGUCUCUAUGGGCUUGAACACCUCCUUGGCUUCUCCCAGUCAGCAUCACAGAAGUCUGGUCGGUCAACCUUUACCUACUACGAAAACGCUCCGAAGCUUCGUGAGUAUUUUUGGACCUGUCUGUUCCGACUUGUACCAGAAAUUACAAAGAGACAGAAGGAUACGUGGCUGAUGAGAGAUGUCGGAGUGCUGCUAUGGUAUGGCUACGCGUGGGACGAAGGCGCGAUCGAUCGCGUUGUAGAUGAAGCGAACGAUUGCGAAGAGUUGAUGAAGCUUCGAGCGUUUCUGAGCAUCCAAUAA